AUGCCCCCAAAACGAGCCUGUGAUCUCUGCAUCUCCCGCAAAGUGAAGUGCAAUGGCAACUUGCCUUGCGACACCUGCCGUGGGGCAAUCAGAAAGGUACAAUGCACGUACUUGAGACCCGCGCGUAGGCGGGGCCCGAAGUCUCGGCGAAAAAGCCAAGAAGAUGCAGAAGCUCCAGUGCCGCGAGCCGACGACAGUCAACAUGUCUCGGAAUGUGAGCCCUUGACAUCGGCAGGUAAUGCACCCAUUGAAUCAAAUGGUGCACCCAGCACACUACGCAUUCCGAAGGCGAUCCUGGCAUCAGUCAUUCAGCUUUACCAAAGAUACUCAUACAGUGUCUGGCCUGUAAUCGAUGCAGAAGCUCUAGUCUCCAAAAUCAAGGAUAUAGAUCCUGAAAGAGUCGAUCACGAUGCACAGAAUACUUCCUGUCUCGCCACUGCUCUCUGUGCUGCGACAAUGGCUCAAUUGCAACUCGGUCCCCAGGUAACCGGAUCCUGCACACUGGAUAGCACACAGAUGGUACAGGCCUGCCUCCGAAUGCGCACCAAAUGCCAUGACCACGGAGAACACAUGGAUAUCCGUAGCAUUUUGGCCUCUUUCUUCUUGCAUGUAUAUCAUGCGAAGAUCAACCAGCGGAACUCGGCAAUGAUGUAUAUCCAAGAGGCAUUGUCCGGGGCCCGAGUUCUGCGACUAGAUGAACUGGCUUGUCCAAUACAUGAUGAUAUAAUCCCCAACACGACCUUGGUCUUCCCUUUGCUUUGGGUGUCAGAGAGAGGGUAUGCUUUACACCUGGGUCUUUCGCCUUCAUAUAAUAAGCCUCUUUCAAUCGCCAGCCUAGAGACCAACAAUCAUGCCGACAUUGAAGCUCGAGGCCUGCUCGAACUUGCAAAGCUUUUCGUUGCAUUUGAUCGCAUCUCAGUGCGCCGCAGAUCGUCAACCAAAAUCACGAGCGUGCUUGAUCUGACAGAUACGGAAGAGGAGCUAUCUUCUUUGUGUUUUGGAAUGGCGGGUCACGUCUCAGCCAGAACCGCUGAUUAUCACAUCACACGGCAGUGGAUGAGAACUAUUAUCUGGCAAGAGGCGCUGUCGAUGGGACUGCUGUCAUCUUCCGCUCGUGGCACCAUUCUGACGUUUUUGUUCCCGGCGCGAGUUGGCCGUGACCUAUUGGCAUCGCUGAGAUGUUUUUGCGAGGCAGAUUUGCUCCCUCUCGGAAGAGAUCAGUUGUUGAAAUGUUUUGAGGUCGCCAAUUCGCUGGCAGAUACGGUUCUAUUGAACUUGUCGCGGACGAAUUCGCGACUUGAACUUGGACCGCAGGACUUCUUGCAUGCCCUUUAUCAGAAGAUUGAUCCGUUCCUCAACCAGGACAACGUGAUGAAGUCAAUGCUCCGCGCAAAAACCGCAGAGGCUCUCAUCACCGCUCCUGCUAGAAUGCUGUCAGUAGAAGCGCUUGGCUUGGAGACAGGCUCAGCUGGAAACGCGCUCGUAACCACCGAGCCUGAAGGCACUACAGAAUGUGAAGACCUGCGAGGACAAGAUGAAUUGCUAGACAACUUUGAUUGGCUACCACUACCAGAUCAGCAGGAAUCCUGCAUGUCAGCCUCGCGAGGACCCUACUGA